CCCCCGAAGAACGUCUCCGCUGUGCUGCUUGUACUGAACAAUUUAAAACUUCUGUGCGGAGCAUAGCGAGGAGCACCGGGAAUCAAAAAGGAAGCCCUGGACUUGGACGAAAGAGAACCAAUCGAUAGUGGUCCAGCUCGGCUUACAACCGAAUCCUGGCACCAUGGAGGACCUAGACGCCCUGCUGGCGGACCUGGAGUCCACGACCUGUGAGAUCUCCAAGCGGCCGCUCUUUCUGGCCGAUGAGUCGUACUCCUACCCCACGGGACACACCCCUCCGGAGAUCUCCGCCCCGCCCCCGGUGCCGCCCCCUCCCUCCGCCGAAGCUCUGAACGGCACGGUGCUGGACCUGCCCGACCUGCAGACGUCCUCCGAACCGAUGUGGGACGACAGCAGUCCUCCUACAUUCGAUAUUGAAGAGGAGCACGUGUACAGUUUGCCCGUAAAGCAGAAAGUGGAGUCUGUGGGGAGCAGCUGGGAGAUGGGGGACAACCUGUCAGAGCUGGACCGGCUGCUGCAGGAGCUGAGCACCGUUCAACACUCCCCAGCCUCAUUCUCCACCGAGGAGGCAGCCCCUCCCCUGAUUCCCUCCAGCAGCACCACAGAUUUCAUUCAGGAGAACGGGGUGUCAGCCGCAGAUGGGUCGCCCGUUCCCACGGAGACGGCCAGCCGGGGCACGGAGGAGCGGCCAAGUGUUCAGAGCCUGCUGACCGAGCUGGACAGCUCUGUGCCCAACCCUGUCCCCACCCCUGCUGAGUUGACGGUCGCGCAGGAGGAAACGCCCAGCCAACAGCAGGCCCGAAUUUCAGCCUCGUCCGCCACCCGCGAGCUGGAUGAGCUCAUGGCCUCCCUGUCUGACUUUAAGUCUGGUUCUCUGGCAUCUGUGCACAUUGAGCCCCUGUCCAAUCAGGAAGCAGAGCCUGCACUUCUGUCCAAUCCGGAAGCAGACUCCACGCCUGUGUCCACUCAGGAAAUUGAUUCUUCAACUCUGUCUGGUGAGGAAGCAGACCCUGGACAUCUAUCCAAUCAGGAAGCAGAUCCCACGCCUCGGUCCAAUCCGGAAACUGACCCGACACCGCUGUCCAAUCAGGAAGCAGACCCUGUGGUUCAGGCCAAUCCGGAAAUGGACCCAGAACCCCUGCCCAACCAGGAAGUAGAAUCUACACCUAUGCCUAACCCUGAUCCCCUUCCCCUGUCCAAUCAGGAGACAGAUGCCGUGUCAUUGACAGCGGCAGAUGAUCUGGCUCCGUCCCCUCCUAUAUCUUGUGACUCCCCUCCUCCAGCUACCCCCGUUGACCUGGAUUUCCUGCACAUUGAUGAAGAAGGAGGGGGAUCUGCCCAGCCAUCCUCCCCUGAGGUGUUAGUCCUCUCCUCCCAGGUCUCCCAGAGCAAGACCCCCGAACCCUGCACUCUCCUGAUCAGCUCCCAAGUUGACUCCCAUGUGACCCUCAGCUGCUUUGCAGACCCCACCACUCCCACUGCAGACCCAACCACUCCCACUGCUGACCCAACCACUCCCACUGCUGACCCAACCACUCCCACUGCCGACCCAACCACUCCCACUGCCGACCCCACCACUCCCACUGCAGACCCCACAACUCCCACUGCAGACCCCACAACUCCCACUGCAGACCCCACAACUCCCACUGCAAACCCCACAACUUCCACUGCAGAUCCCACAACUCCCACUGCAGAUCCCACAACUCCAACUGUAGAUCCCACCCCUCCAAAAACAGAAGUCCUUUCCCUACAUCUUGUAGAGUCUUCCAGUUCUUUCACCACUCACCCAGAACCUUCUAAUGCCCCCAAUCUGCUACAUCCUUCUACUCCCCCUACUACCACUGAUGGCAUUAUUGACCCAGCUCACCAAGAAACAUCUCCUGCCCCUGCCUCCCCAGAGACUUCUACUACCCCUGCUCUGGCACAGCCAUCUAUUGCUCCUGCACAAAAACAUUCUACUGCCCCCACGCCCUCUACUGUUGUCGUUGCUGUUGCCCCCAGUGCUCCAAGUCUCACUAUCCCCCCUGCAGCCCAUAGUCUCUUAUCCGUUUCUGCCGAAAUGGCCUCCACUUCAUCCCUGACCUCAGCCAAUCGGAGCUACUCCGAGCUGGGUGAACCCGUGAGUCAUGGCCCCUCCCUGGACAUGGCGCUGGACGACCUGCUGGAACUGGGCUCCUCCCGCCCCGGCGGGGGAGGGGACUGGGGGCUGGACCUGGAGGAGGAGGGCGGGGCGAGCCGGGACGAGACGGUCACGCCCCUGACGGAGGCCAGCUGGAUGGAGGACUCCACCUCGCCCAGCUCCUGCCCCGGGACCCCGGAAUACGCCUUCGACCAGCACCCGCUGAGUGCCGUGGACAGGACCUCCGCGUCCGGCCAUCUGAAGUCGGUGAUCCGGCGCACUAAGGAGACGGAGAACGUGCACCCCAUGUACCGGGAGCGCGAGGCGCGCCGGAGGCGGAAGCUGGGCCCGCUGAUCUUCCACAAGAGCAGCUCCCAGGACCGGCUGAUCCAGGAGCUGCAGGGCCGGCUGGGCAUCGGCCCCGUGGAGCGCCCGCGGAAACCGCCCGACGACUGGAUGGCCGAGGGCGUGAUCGCCAUGAACAACCCCCAGCGCUACCGAGAGGGCCCCGUCCCCGCUCGCGCUCCUGCCCCUGCCCCUGCCCCUGCCCCCGCCCCCGCUCCUCUCCCUGUUCCUCCCCCUGCCCCUCCCCCCGAACCUGCCCCAGCCCCUCCCCCUGCCCCUGCUCCUGCUCCCGCUCCUCCUCCUGCCCCCGCCCCCGCUCCUGUUCUUGCCCCUCCCCCUGAACCUGCACCUGCCCCUGCCCCUGCCCCCACACCCACCCCCGCUCCUGUUCUUGCACCUGCCCCUGCCCCCGCUCCUGUUCUUGCCCCUCCUCCUGAACCUGCCCCUGCCCCUGCUCCUGAUCCUGUCCCGGAGCCUGUGGUGUCUCUGCCCCUGACGGUGGAUAAGAUGGUUCCACCAGACUCCCCGGGCCCACCCAGGAAAGUCCUCCCCGCGCCUCAGCCCCUCCCGCCUCCCCAGCGCCCGGCUCCUGUGGAGAAGCAGAAACGGCCGGCCCCGGUCAAAGAGUCCCCGCCCCCGUGGCCCCUCCCCCAGCCCUGCCCCUCCUCCCCUCCUCUCGAGCCCCCUCCCCAGCCCCAGAAACCUCCGCCGCAGCAGUUCUACAGACUGGACUACCAGCCCCCGCGCCCCCAGAAGCAGCCCGUGCUGCGCCCCCCCCUGGCCCAGCCCGCCCCUCCCGUGCCACGGGCACCGCAGUACUACAUGCCCCCGCCAAUGCCCCGCCCGCCGCAGUACCAGAUGGCCCCACCCGUGCCACGCCCAGCCCAGUAUCACAUGGCCCCGCCCGUGCCCCGCCCUCCAAUGUACCAGAUGGUACAGCCGCCUCUCCCCAAGAUGAGUGUCGGCUGUCAGACCGAUUACGACCCUCUCUUCCCUCCGCUGAAGAUGUCCCAGGGAAAGGGCCCGUCGCCCCCAGGAGCCACUCAGGGGAACAAGCUGGACAACAUGCUGGGAAGCCUCCAGUCUGACCUCAACCGGCUGGGUGUGCAGACCGUGGCCAAGGGCGUGUGUGGAGCCUGCAGGAAACCCAUCGUGGGACAGGUGGUAACAGCGAUGGGUCGCACCUGGCACCCGGAGCAUUUUGUGUGUACACACUGCCAGGAGGAGAUUGGCUCACGCAAUUUCUUUGAGCGAGACGGGCAGCCAUACUGUGAGAAGGACUACCACAACCUGUACUCCCCGAGAUGCCACUACUGCAAUGGGCCUAUACUGGAUAAAGUGGUGACAGCUCUCGACAAGACUUGGCACCCUGACCACUUCUUCUGCGCCCAGUGUGGGGCGUUCUUUGGCCCAGAGGGUUUCCAUGAGAAGGACGGUAAGGCGUACUGUCGGAAGGAUUAUUUCGACAUGUUUGCGCCCAAGUGCGGUGGCUGUGCCCGUGCCAUCCUGGAGAACUACAUCUCCGCCCUCAACUCCCUCUGGCACCCGGAGUGCUUCGUGUGCAGGGAGUGCUUCACCCCGUUUGUGAACGGGAGUUUCUUCGAGCACGAGGGCCAGCCGUACUGCGAGGCGCACUACCACGAGCGGCGCGGCUCGCUCUGCUCCGGCUGCCAGAAGCCCAUCACCGGCCGCUGCAUCACCGCCAUGGCCAAGAAGUUCCACCCCGAGCACUUCGUCUGCGCCUUCUGCCUCAAGCAGCUCAACAAGGGCACCUUCAAGGAGCAGAACGACAAGCCCUACUGCCAGAGCUGCUUCAUCAAGCUCUUCAGCUAGAGCAGGGAGAGGGGAUGUGUGAGAGUGUGUGAGAGUGUGUGAGAGUGUGUGAGAGUGUGUGAGAGUGUGUGAGAGUGUGAGAGUGUGAGAGUGUGAGAGUGUGAGAGUGUGAGAGUGUGAGAGUGUGAGAGUGUGAGAGUGUGACUGAGUGACUGAGUGACUGAGUGACUGAGAAUGAGAGUCUCUAGCAAGAUGGGUGGAUUUUUACUAAAUCACAGGUUGAGGAUACAACAGCACCCUCUGCUGGCUGCCCAAUGUAGGGCAGGACUCGGUGGGUUCGCUGCAGUUCACGGCAGGCUUGUCAAAGCAGGAUUCUUAAAGAAAGCUUGGAGACAGCAUGUUUUUAUUAUUUCGUUUUGCCUUUGGCAGUGGGGAGGGGGAAAUAUGUGUCUUUUUUUUUUUCUUUUUCUUUUUUAUGACCGGAGGAUCUGUAUUCAUUUUUUGUGGGGUAUGUGCAUGUGUCUGUAUGAACAUCUCACCUGUCUGUGCUGUCUUUAACCUGGGCUCCUCCCACAUACUCUCUGUAACACUGGCAGCCCCCUCUGUGGCUAUUCAAGCAGACGUGUUAUGGUAGGUGUUGUUGUUUGAGGAGAUGUGUUGAGGCUUGGUGUAGCUGUUUGCAGAGAAGUAUUUUGGUAUGACAUUACUGUUAGGCAAGGAGUGUUAAGGUGUGCUGUUGCUGUUUGCGGAGAAGCGUUAAGCUCUGGUGUGGCAAACUUGGGGAGAAGGGUUAAGCUGUGGUGUGGCUGUUUGGGAGAAGUGUUGAGGCACGUUAAAUGUGAGACUCUGUGCCCCACAGGAGGUUUGUUGGCUGCAGCGUUGAGUUUGGGAUUGGGUGGAGCUGAGCUCCCGUGUGGGGUCAGUUACAUUGGUACCGCACCUAGAGUGAACCUUUAUACACAGACAGGCAUACCGACAUGCACAUGCACGUUCAUAUGCACGUGCACACGCAUACGUGCACAUGCAUACAAAAAUGCUCUUUUAUAGCAACGAUACCACUAUUUUGUACUUUCACUCUUCCUUUUGUGGAAGAUUGAGACAUAAACCUCUCUCUCUCUCUCUCUCUCUCUGAUUCACAUGAAUGCCGUAAGGGUACAUUUAACGAAUUUUACGGCUUGGUAUGAUCAGUAUAUCAGGGUAAUAUUUUCCUAAUGGAUAUGAAACUUUUCCUAUGGAAAUUAUGGACAUUUUCAUGUUCAAGGAAUACAUAGGUAAAAAAAAAAAAAGUUUUUCCUCAUCCUGUCACUUUUACACUCUGGUAUUUUAAAAAUUCUUCUAUCUAGUAUAGUUUAUAUAUCACACACACACACAUACACAUACACACACAGCUAGCACACCUCACAGCCCCAGACAGGCACUGGAGUGGGUGUGGCUAGUUGGGUGAACUAAUCCCGCUUUUGGGUGACUUCGGGUCGUUGGUCUUCUCGGAGUGGGAAAUACAUCAAUUGGCGUUGCAUCUGCCGUAAAAUCUCCAUUUCCUGACUUGAUAAUUUGACAGAAGUCCUUUUUUCGGGGGGGGGGGG